AGGGGGCGGUGCGGCGCGGUGACGUCAUCGGGCAGCGUCGCAAUGGCGGCGCCGAAGGUGAAGCAGGACAUGGCCCCGCCGGGCGGCUACGGCCCCAUCGACUACCGGCGGCACCUGCCGCGCCGCGGCCUCUCGGGGUACAGCCUGUUCGCGCUCGGCGUUGGGAGCCUCCUGCUGGGUUAUUACACCCUCGUCAAGUGGAACCGCGAGCGCAGGUGAACUUUGGGGUCUCCGUGGUCUGGGGUCCCUCCCGUGCCCCUGUCCCGCAGAACUCUCCGGAUGCUGCGGGAGAACCUGGAGGAGGAGGCCAAGAUCAUGCGGGACGUUCCGGGCUGGAAGGUGGGCGAGUCCCGUUUCCACACGGAGCGCUGGGUGCCGCCCACGCUGGAGGAGCUCUACUUCCUGCGGCCCCGCGGCGAGCUGGAGCGGGAGCAGUUCGGCCUGCAGAACUACGUCUGACCCCAAAUCCCAAACCCCAAAAACCCC